GCCGAACUAUAACGCAAAUAGCGCACGUUCGUAGUCUCAUUGGUCGAGCCUUCUCUAUCUCUUCCAAUCUGACACGGGCGACAUGAAGUUUGGCAAGAAAAUCAACAACGACCUGUAUGGCGAAUGGAGACCGUUCUACAUUGAUUACAACCGCCUCAAGCGUGAACUCAAGGAUCGAACCACUUCCAAGAACUGGACCGAGGAUGACGAACGAGAGUUCAAGCUGAUGCUCGAGCACGAACUGGACAAGAUCCACGAUUUUCAGAAGCAGAAAACUAAUGAACUCUCUCGCCGUAUACGAGAUGCUGAGAAGACCGUCAAGCGCCUUGUUGUAGAGGAGCAGGCCGAGGAGGCGCACCAGCUUACUCAGUCGCACGACCCGGAAGGACAGCAGCGAGAGAUGGACCACUCGCAUGAUGCCGGGUCGGACGAUGAUGACGAGGACGACGGAGACUCGGAAGACUUGAAGUCCCUCGAUGCUUUAGAAGAUCAAUUCCACGAGCUAGAGGAGGAGGUCGCAACUCUAGUCGCGGAUGUUCACGACUUGGCACUGUACUCCAAGCUGAACAUCACCGGUUUUAUGAAGAUCUUGAAGAAACAUGACAAACAAACCGGCACGCCGUUAAAGCCUACUUUUGUCACUGACUAUCUGGAGAAGCGACCGUUCUACAAAUAUAACUGGGACGCCCUAAUAGUGAAACUGUCCAAACUGUAUGAUCUCGUCCGUACUCGAGGUCACCCCGUCUUGGGCGAUCCCUCCGCAGGCGGCAACCAGAGCGCCUUUGUUAGACAAACGACCAAGUACUGGGUGCAUCCUGAUAAUUUAGUCCAUCUGAAGCUAGCGAUCUUAAAACAUCUACCCGUGUUAGUAUUCAACCCUGACAAGGAAUUUGAGCCGAAGGACGCCGCUAUCACCUCCAUAUAUUUCGACAACGAGGAUCUCGAACUGUACUUAGGUCGGCUGGAGAAGACGGAAGGCGCCGAGGCAAUACGCCUGCGUUGGUACGGCGACAUGGACGUGAAAACGAUCUUUGUCGAGCGCAAGACCCACAGAGAGGACUGGACUGGUGAAAAGUCUGUGAAAGCCCGAUUUCCUAUCAAGGAAAACAAAGUCAACGCCUUCCUGCGUGGAGAGUACACUAUGGACGAUGAGUUCCAAGAACUCGUCAGGAAGGGGAAGAAGUCGCAGCAAGAGGUCGAUGGCAUGAUCCAGCUUGCGAACGAAGUGCAGUAUUCCAUCCUGACUAAGAAGCUAAGACCUGUAAUGAGAACAUUUUACAAUCGGACGGCGUUUCAACUGCCGGGUGACGCUCGCGUACGCAUCUCCCUGGACACUGAGCUGACGAUGGUCCGGGAGGAUAACUGGGACGGUCGUGUCCGCUCCGGGGAUAACUGGCGCAGAAUGGAUAUCGGCAUCGAUUAUCCGUUUGACCAAAUUCCUGCAGAUGACAAGGAGCUGUUCAAGUACGGUGUGUUAGAGGUGAAGUUGCAAACGCAGUACGGCCAAGAGCCACCAGAGUGGGUAACAGACCUUGUUCAGUCUCACCUGGUGGAGGCUGUGCCUAAAUUUAGCAAAUUCAUUCACGGCUGCGCGACAUUGCUACCUGAGCGGGUGGACCUCAUACCGUUCUGGCUACCACAGAUGGACAUGGAUAUCACCAAGCCCGUGACGAGCGCAGUCGGAAUUGAGCGACCGGCCCACUUCUCCUCUUCUAAAGGGUCUUCUGCUCAUUCUUCCUCUGGCAUCGCGACUCCGGAUCCGGAUGUGCAGCGUCGAGUCUACACGGAGCCCGUAUCCGAAGGAGAAGACGAAGAAUUCGAUAUGGCUCCUGCGAAGGACGAAGAUAAGCGGACAGGCUUGACAAAUGCUCAAGUUGCGGAAGCGGCAGCAUUCCGAGAAAAGCAUCUCAAGGAAAGGGACGCGGGUGGUGCUGUACAAAGCGACCAGUGCGAGACGGACGUUGACACGCACGAGCGGACGCCCUUCCUGAAGGGACGGAAGCCUACUCAGCCUGAAUCGGAAGAUGCAGCGAAACCGAGGACUCUGUCUAUCAACCCUCUCGUGCCCUCCAGCGCGUUCGAUGAGACCUUCCGGUCGAGACUGCAGCAAGUGAAGGCAUUGGAUAGCGGACAGGACGACAGCGCCUUGGACGAUGACGAACAAGAGUCUGCCAUCGAGGGCCCGUCUCGGCCCGCGCGCCGCGAUAGCGAGCGAGAGCUGCUCAGACACUGGGUGGCACCUUCCGGGAAGCGCAUCGCCGUCCCGGUUCGUAUAGAACCUAAGGUAUACUUCGCUUCGGAACGGACGUUCUUCAAAUGGCUACAUUUCGCCGUCUUGAUCGGCAUCAUCGCGACGACGCUCCUCAACUUCGUGGAACCUGGUGAUGUCAAAGGUAUCAUCAGUGCCGGGGUCUUCACUGUCGCUGCCCUUCUGGCGAUCGCUUAUUCUGCUGUCAUAUUCGUCUACCGGACUAUGAAACUCCGUCAACGCAGUGCGGAAGGUCUCUAUUACGACAAAUACGGACCGACCGUACUUUGUAUCGUACUUUUCUCGGCCCUAGCGACAAACAUGAUCAUACGGCUGGACGAUAUGAUGACGUAGGGAGUCAUGCAUCAUGGGCAGCCACACUUUUGGACCUGGAGUGCACAUGCUUUGUAUGUUUUAUAUACCACCAUAAUAGAAUGUGCCCGAUUUUACUCUCGUAGAGCGUUUCCAGCACAGGAGAAGCAAUACAAUGUUGUAUAUUGAAAG